AUGUGACCAAUCUAUCGCUCAACAACGAGCCUCUUGUGCCUAGUCGGGCUAACCCUUGUGUUAGGCAAGCCAUGCCCAACUCUUGAACCAUCUUAAUGUAUGUUUAAUGUUAUUGCUUUCUUUUUUUCUACUUUCACUUUUAUCAUGAAACUUUGUGUUUUUUUAUCAUUUACAAUUGAGGACGGGUUUUUGGGGUUAGCUUACUCUUACGGGAUCGCGACCAUUUGUCCCGGCCAUUGUAGUACGUGUGUGGCCUAGGGUGUAAGGGGCAUGAUGAAUUGAUGUCAUCCUCACCUUCCUCCGGCUUAUCACCGGCAGUCUGUUCAAAGUUCCAAACUCAACGUUGGCAAUUAAAUUAUUGUUGACCGUUUUAUCUAACAAAGUACUUUUAUAAUUUACUAUAACAUAUGAUCAAAGUUCUUUUUGAAUACCGUGAGAAAAACAUUGGAUAAAAAGAUCGAAGGGAGUAUGGAUUAUCUAAGAUAUGCUAGCUCAAGAUGAGUGAUGAGGAUUGAGGAAGAGGAGCACAAUGAUGUUUGAUGCGAUCAUUUGAUAAUGAUGUUGCAAUAUAUGUAGUAUGUAGGAUUAGUAUAUCAGCAAACUUGAACUUUUCAUUUUAUCUAAGUAUUUUACUUCAAUCAUGGGUAUACAUAAUUGACACUCAGAACAAAAAUAUGCAUUUUUUCAUUAUGUAGUCAAGUGGGUUACUCAAUUGAACACCUACCAGUAUUAGGACGCGUACUAGAGUUCGAGUAACAUAGAAUAAGUAGCUUAAUAAAGGCCUCUAAGAUAUAAACUCUAAACAGCAAUAUAUGGUCAGAUUUUCAAUGGGUCAUUUUCUUGUCAUCCUGGUGGUUGUUAAAUAAUGUUAGUACUCUAAUACUGCCUUCUUAUUGUUUAAUUACAAGUCAAACUGUCCCUCUUGCAAAUGCAACCUUUUCUUAAUAAGAGCUCUACCAACUUGAAAAAAAAGGGCAUGUAUAAUUUUUGUUAAUUAGUUUAUCCUUUUGGUAGAGAAUCAUGUUGCUUUGACAAUUAAUAGGAGAUAUGAAAGUAAUGCAUGUAUACAUACAGUGUUGGACACCACGAAUAAGCAAAUACCAUAUAGUUGAACAAUCUGAUUUAAUUAGACUGAUUAAAAUCUCCAGGUCAUUAACAGCAAAUUUUACUGAAGAAAUCAUCAACUUGUUCUUAUGUCUAGGCUGAGGAUAUCCUUCUAACUUCUAACAAGUUCGGAUUAGUAAAUUUGCCCUUCUGUUCGUUAGUUGGUACUUCGGAUUAAGCUGAAUUUCUGAUGACUAUGUCAAGAUUAAGAUUGACUUGUUCAUCUUUUGAAUACAUGAUGACAGUAUUAUAGAAUGUCAACUACUUGGCCUUGGUUUUACAGUUAUGAUUUUGCACUAUAUUAGAGCCAAGUAGGCCUUUACAACACCUUUUAACCAUUCAAGAAAACUCUGAGUUGAAGCAGUUAGACAUUCUGAUCAUCCUCCUCUUCAUUUUGUGUUCCGCGGUUUUUUGAUUAUUGCUUUUCACAUUAGGAUUGGAGACAAUCAGACUUUAGUUUUUCGAUAAGUCAGGAGAUUGUUUUGUCUAUAGAUGUCAUUAUGAAUGGCAUCAACAUUCAGGGAUUUUUUAUAUCUACUACAGUUUUAGCAUCUGUAGCUGCAGGAAUUGGAGUUAUACUGAUACUUUUGAUAUUGUUGUGCUGCUGGUUAUGUCGUCGAGGAAAACAUAAAGGAAGCACAACGAGAACUACUCACAGCAUUGCAGCAGAAAAUCCUUCUGGAGCUAGUAAAGGUAACCAGCAUAAUGAACCAGCUCAACAACAGCAGCAGCAGAACACUCCUCCAAGAACGGGUCAUCCUCGAGCUAAAUCAUCACCUAUACGUUCUCCAACCCAUUUGCCUUCACAAUCCUCUACAGGCAGCACGAGCAGCGGUCCAUCACCUCCGCCACCAGCAUUCAAACGUUCACCAACACCUCAGCUUCCCUCAGAUUACCCGAGUUCAGGGAAGUCAACUUCAUCAGGGAGAGAAAGCUCAAUCCCACCUCCAUCUCCAGCUCUUUCGUAUGCUUCUUCACAGACUAUGUUUACUUACAAUGAACUGGCAAUGGCAACGAAUGGCUUCUUAGAGGCUAAUCUCCUUGGACAAGGUGGUUUUGGGUUUGUUCACAAAGGAGUUCUUCCUAAUGGGAAAGAAAUUGCAGUUAAGUCUUUGAGAGCUAAUAGUGGGCAAGGAGAGCGUGAAUUUGAAGCAGAAGUUGAGAUUAUUAGCCGAGUACAUCAUAGGCAUCUUGUUUCAUUGGUGGGGUACUGCAUUUGUGGCUCGCAGAGACUGCUUGUCUACGAGUUUGUACCCAACAAGACUUUGGAGUUCCAUCUUCAUGGUAGAGGGAAAUCUCCGAUGGAUUGGCCCACGAGACUGAAGGUAGCCUUGGGUGCUGCAAAAGGAUUAGCAUAUCUGCAUGAGGAUUGUCAACCAAGAAUCAUUCAUCGUGACAUAAAAGUUGCUAAUAUACUCUUGGAUAAUAGUUUUCAAGCAAAGGUUGCAGAUUUUGGACUUGCAAAGCUUACCCCUGAAGCAGAUACACAUGUAUCCACACGAAUAAUGGGGACCCUGGGAUACUUGGCUCCAGAGUAUGCUUCAUCUGGCAGGCUCACAGAGAAGUCUGAUGUAUAUUCAUUCGGUGUCAUGCUUUUGGAACUGAUUACAGGACGCAGACCAGUUGACAGAACACAGCAGGAGUAUAAUCUAGUAGAAUGGGCAAAACCUUUACUCACAAAUGCUAUGGAGGAUGAGAACUUCAAUCACCUUGUUGAUCCACAAUUGCAAUUUAGUUACAAGCACAGUGAGAUGGCUCGUAUGGUGGCUUGUGCUGCUACAUGUGUUCGUAAGUCAGCACGACGUAGACCAUUGAUGAGUCAGGUAGUUAGAGCUCUUGAAGGGAAUAUGUCCCUUACUGAUUUAAAUGAAGGCAUAACACCUGGACGUAGUUUGCUCCAAAGAUAUGAUACUGCUUCAGAACAUAGUGGCAGUCAAUACAAGAGAGGUUCAAAAGGAUAUAAUACUAAUUCAGAAUAUAGUGGUAGCCAAUACAAGGGGGACUCAACAGGAUUUGACAAUAAAAACAUGGCACCUUCAACAAGAGAAUAUGUAAGCAGUGAGUAUGAUGGAACUACAAGCGAGUAUGGACUGUACGCGUCUAGUUCAAGUAGCGAAGGCCAGACUACGCGUGAAUUGAACACUGAUGAGGUGCACAGAGAGAGGAGACGCUUCCAGCAACACUUUUGACAACCGAAUUUUUGCCUAAUACUUCCUGUGCCUUUUAAAUACUGCAAUACGUUCACUUUCACAUUUGUCAAUGUACAACUUUGAUCAUUAAAUCUUUAACUAUCGACAAAGUGGAGUAUUAUGUGAAUAAUGAAAGAGACAGUUGUAAUCUUCAAAAAACGGGGAUGUACGAUGACUAAAAUGAAGUCAUUUUUGCAAAUGCAUAACAAUGUCCCUUAAUGAUAUGGCCAUCUUUUGUUCUAUGUUCA